AUGUCUGCUCCAAGUUAUUAUGAGUUGUACCGUAGGAGUACGGUUGGGAAUUGUUUAGUUGAUGCUUUAGACACGUUAAUUAGUGAUGGUAGAAUUGAAGCAUCUUUGGCUAUGAGGGUUUUGGAGACGUUUGACAGAGUUGUUGCUGAGUCUUUGAAGGAUAAUACUCAGUCCAAGUUGACUGUGAAGGGGUUGUUGGAUACGUAUGGGUUUUGUGAUGAUGUGUGGACGUUUAUAAUAAAGAGUUGUCAGGUUACUGUGGAGUCGAGUUCGAUAAAUCGAGAGUUGGGAGAUACUAGUGGGGAUGAUCAUACCACUAUAGCAGUGGAUAAGUUGAGGAUUGUUGCUUGUAAUUCCAAAAAGAGCGAUUGA